AUGGCAAUUAUGGCCCAUUUAAGAACUACAUUUGCGUCCACACUUAGGAGAUUGUGCAGUAACGCAGCAGAAAACGCUCGUAUUAUCGACGAAGAUGGCCCGGACUUGCCACAACGUUUGCUGGAUUGCUUUCUGAAGUUAGAACGAUUAAAUGACUGCGAGUUCAGGUCCGUUCAUCUGCUUCGAGGUCGUCGAUCAUUUUCCCACAUAUAUGGCGGACAAUUAGUUGCCCAUUCUCUGAAGAGCGCGACCGAAACUGUGAACUCAGCGCUUUCACCACAUUCGAUGCAUUGCUACUUUGUUAAUGCAGGUUCUGUUCUGGAGCCGGUGCAUUACAAUGUGGAAUGUAUUCGAGAUGGAAGAAGUUUUGCUACGCGAUUAGUCAAAGUUAAACAAAACGAAAAGAUUUUAUUCACGUCACAGUUGUCAUUUCAAUUCUCUUGCAACUGA